AUGUCCCCAGAUCCGUCGCUGAACCAGCAACCGGGAGUCCCCCCACCUACGACAACUACACCCGCUGGACAACAACACACCCAGCAGAAGCAGAACACAAUCAUCGACGACAAAUCCCCCCAUUGUAUCCCCUUCAUCAUCUCCCACCUACAUCACCAUCUUGCCGACCCCAUAAAGGCCAACCGACCUUUCGUUGUCGGCCUCAAUGGCAUCCAAGGCGCCGGCAAAACGACCCUCGUGUCGGCUCUCGCAGAGAACCUACGAGUGAAGGAGGGGUUGGAGACGCUGGUGCUGAGUAUUGAUGAUUUGUAUUUGACAAGGGAAGACCAGGUGAAGCUGGCGAGUGAACAUGCAGCGAAUAAGCUUGUCCAGUAUCGUGGGGAACCAGGAACCCACGACAUGCAACUAGCCCACGCCACCAUAACCUCCCUCCUCUCCAACCGCGAAACCAAGAUUCCGUCCUACGACAAAUCCCUCCACAGCGGCCUAGGCGACCGUCUCCCUCUCUCGCAAUGGAAAACCGUAAAUGGCCCCUCUCAACCGCCCAUCCGCGUAAUAGUCCUCGAGGGGUGGUGCGUAGGCUUCCGUUCGUUGCCCCCUUCAACCAUUGCCGCGAAACAAGCCUCCCCAACAUCUCUCACGCUACAGAACCACAAGUUAGAAGACUUGCUCUUUGUGAAUGAGAAAUUAAGGGAGUAUGAUGUUUUGACAGAUGCGUUUGAUGCGUUUAUCCACAUUGAUGCGGAGGAUACGAGGUGGGUUUAUGACUGGAGGGAGGAGCAAGAGAGCGCGUUGAGGAGGGAGCGAGGGGUGGGUAUGAGUGUUGAGGAGGUGAAGAACUUUGUGGAUGCAUAUUUUCCAGCUUAUGAGCUGUUUGUAGAGGGGGUGAGAGAUGGCGUUUUGAAGGGUAUGGGGCAGGAUGGGAAGGCGAGGCAACUAAGGUUGGUGGUCGGGAAGGAUAGGAGGGUGAAGCAGGUUCUAGAGAUAUGA